AUGAUCCGCAACGCCCUCAAGGGCUCUCACCGUCAAGCUACCCCGCCCCUGCCCUCCCACUCCCACUCCCACCUCCACCAUCCUCAAUCCAAUCGACCAAUCAUUCUCCUCGCCCUCGUCCUCAGUGCCCUCUUUGGCCUGUCACUACUAUCCCAUCCCGACCCCUCUGCUGGAAGAAAACUGCAAUUCCCGGGCCUGCUUCCAACGAAACCUCCACAUCCUGCACACUUGAAAGACCAGGUGCUGGAAAGGGCGAUCAAUCAGACGUACGAGGCUUUCAAAGAAGCUUGUCCUGGCUCAAGCGGGAUCGGAGUGCAUCUCAAUCCAGACCUCACUGCCUCUCAGAAGAAGCGAUAUGAGGGAUUGAAAGGCUAUGGCAAAGGCCGUUAUAUGCUAGUCACCAAUACUCGACAGAUCGAAGCUCAUCUACCCGACCUCCUCAACACUCUCCUCGUCCUCCUACACUACCUCUCCCCCGAACACAUCGCUGUGUCCAUCCUCGAGGGGCCUUCUUCGGACUGCACCCAGAAGGUCAUAGAAGAUGUCUUGCAACCGAUGCUAGCUGAGCAGGGGCUGGGGAGGAGCUGGAUGCGUAUCGAGACGGGCGAGCACAAGAUCGACUGGUCCCAGCACAACCGUAUCGAGAAGAUCGCAGAGCUGCGUAACCGGGCUCUCGAGCCCCUCUGGGAGGGAGUCGGAGACGAAGAAUGGUCGAAAGAGGUCGAAACAGUCGUCUUCUUCAACGAUGUAUAUCUCCAUGCUGCGGACGUUCUGGAAGUGCUCUAUCAGCACCAGCAGAAUGGGGCUGGUAUAACGACGGCUUUGGACUGGUGGAAGAAGAGGCCAGAGUACUACUACGACGUCUGGGUCGGAAGGACCAUCGAUAAUGGCGACCUCUUCUACCCCAUCGACUGGCCCUGGUGGUCUCCCUCAUCCGACCUCUUUUCCUCAUCCACCGCAUCCACCUCCAAGAACGCAUACACCCACCUACAACCGUUCCAAGUAUUCUCCUCCUGGAAUGCCCUCGCAGUCCUGGACCCGAGGCCGUUCUUGGAGCAUGGAGUGAGGUUUAGAAGAGGUGAUCUAGAGAAGGGAGAGUGUGCGGCGAGUGAGUGUACGCUGGUGGCUAGUGAUUUCUGGAAGGAAGGGUUUGGAAAGAUUGCAGUGGUGCCAAGUGUCCAGCUUGCCUACGAGCGAGAUGUGGCGCAGGAUGUUUUAGAGGACCUGAACAAGCAAAAGGCGCAGAUAGGAUGGGUUGAUGGAGUCCCGCCAGAUCAUCUCGACGAAAAGCUCGAGUGGAGAAAUGACCCGCCCGAGAAGGUCCGAUGCCAUCCCUGGCCAGAAACAAACGGGCUCAGUGCCAACGUAUGGGAGAAUACCGAAUGGGUCAAGCCGUGGUUAGAUUGA